GGCCCGGAAGGCGGCCACGUCUACCGGAAGAUGGGGUUGCGCCGAGGAGCCCGUUCCGGGGCUUCGCAGUGACCGUCGGCACGCGGCGCCCCUCUCUCCCUUCACGACUCCCCUCGGGCUGGGGCUCUGCCGCGCCGGGAGGAGGUGAGGCCAGGCUGUGCCGAGGCCUCCGCCGCUCCUGAGGGCCGCCAGCAUAUGCUCCUGAAGUUUUAACUUUAUAGAAUUUAUCAACAGACAUCCAUCAUGUCUUGGCUUGCUGAUCUGGCUGGAAAGGCAGAGGAUCUACUCAACAGAGUUGAUCAAGGAGCUGCAUCGGCUCUGAGCAAAAAAGACAUAGCAAGCAGUGCAGCUUAUGAUAAUAAGAAUUUGGAACCUGCCAAUGAAUAUUCUGAAUUACACCAACAUACUGGAGAACUGAAGUACCAGGCACCAUCCAAAGCAGCCUAUAUCUCCUCGGCAGCUGAUAAUAUUAAACAUCAAAAGGCCACAAUCCUAGCAGGAACAGCAAAUGUUAAACCAGCACGUAGGACAUCUUCGGAGGUUGCUUCUCCAGUAGAAAGUGUUUCCACACCCAGAGCUGCCUCACAUUUUGUGAGAAGAAAAAAGUCGGAACCUGAUGACGAGUUGCUGUUUGACUUUCUCAACAGUUCAGAGAAAGAGCCUAAUGGAAAGAUGGACUCUAAAAAAGAGAAGAGCAAGGCAGCUGUUCUUCAAAAUCACUCUCGGACUUCAAGUAUUAGUUCCGUGUCUACCAGUACACAGAGUACAAAAACUACUGAAGACAAUUCCACCAGGAGCCAAGGCAAUGAAACUCCAGAGAGUUCAGACUCUGGACUGGGAGCUCAAGGAGUUAGUGUGAAGGAUUCAUCACCAGGUGCAGUAGCUAAUCCUAGCCCUUCAGCUAAUGAGGAUUUAAAAUCUCAUGAGCUGUCCAAUCUUCGCCUGGAGAACCAGCUGCUGCGGAAUGAAGUUCAGUCUUUAAAUCAGGAAAUGGCUUCGUUAAUUCAGAGGUCCAAAGAAACACAGGAAGAAUUGAACAAAUCCCGGGAAAGAGUCGAGAAGUGGAGUGUUGAUCAUUCAAAGAGCGACAGGAUGGUUAGAGAACUUCGAGCUCGAGUUGAUGAUCUGACAGAAGCUGUUGGUGCCAAGGAUUCACAGCUAGCUGUGCUGAAAGUACGGCUGCAAGAAGCUGAUCAGCUCUUAAGUGCUCGUACAGAAGCUUUGGAAGCAUUGCAGAGUGAAAAGUCACGGAUAAUACAAGACCACAGUGAAGGAAGCAGCUUGCAAAAUCAAGCCCUUCAAACUCUUCAGGAGAGGCUGCGUGAUGCUGACUCCGCACUCAAGCGAGAGCAGGAAAGUUACAAACAGAUGCAGAAUGAGUUUGCGGCUCGUCUAAGUAAAAUGGAAGCAGACCGUCAGAACUUGGCAGAAGGGAUAACUGUAGCAGAAAGAAAGUAUUUAGAUGAAAAGAGGCGAGCUGAUGAGCUUCAGCAGCAACUCAAAGUAACUAAAAACCACCUAGAAUCUACAAAACAAGAACUGACAGACUAUAAACAGAAAGCUACUCGCAUACUCCAAUCUAAAGAAAAGCUGAUAAACAGCUUGAAAGAAGGCUCUGGUAUUGAAGGCCUGGAUAGCAAUACUGCAAGCACAAUGGAACUAGAGGAGCUGCGACAUGAGCGAGACACUCAGAGAGAAGAAAUACAGAAACUAAUGGGUCAAAUACAACAGAUGAGAACAGAGCUGCAGGAUAUGGAGACUCAGCAGGUGAGUGAGGCUGAGUCAGUGAGAGAGCAACUUCAAGAUCUACAAGAGCAGAUAGCAGCACAUAAACUGGCCAAGCAAGAGGCAGAAGCUGAACUAGAACGGCAAAAACAGGAACUCCAUUAUACUGAAGAAGAGUUGUAUCGAACAAAGAAUACUUUGCAAAGCAGGGUGAAAGACAGAGAAGAGGAAAUUCAGAAGCUAAGAAAUCAGCUCACAAACAAAGCUCUAAGUAGUAGUAGUCAGACAGAACUAGAAAACCGUCUCCAUCAGCUGACAGAAACACUAAUUCAGAAGCAAACCAUGUUAGAGAGCCUGAGCACAGAGAAAAACUCACUUGUCUAUCAACUGGAACGACUUGAGCAACAGCUGAAGGCUAUCCAAGGCACUAGUGCUAAUGGACCCUCCAUUAAUAUGUCAGGCAUUGACAGUGCUGAAGGCGCCCGCCUGCGCAACGUUCCUGUGCUGUUCAGUGACGUGGACAGCGGCGCGGCAGGGAUGUACGGGAGAGUCCGCAAAGCUGCCAGCACCAUAGACCAGUUCAGCAUUCGGCUGGGGAUCUUUCUGAGGCGGUAUCCCAUGGCAAGAGUCUUCGUCAUUAUUUACAUGGCAUUGCUUCAUCUCUGGGUCAUGAUUGUCCUACUUACCUACACCCCAGAAAUGCAUCAUGACAGUCCCAGUGGCAGAUAGACUGAGGCAGGCCCUCACGCUGUGCUCACAUCAUUCAGCCUCACAGUGUCUUCAGAAUAAUCAGUCCUCAGAUAUCCACAACCUUUUCCUCAUGGUUUUUAAGGAGAAUGAAGAGCAUCAUGCCUGAUUUAUCACUACUUUUCCGACAGGUGUAUAAUACUAUGGAGCUUUUUCAGUUUACGGAAAGGAGCGUCACUUUCCUGGAGAAAUAAAGCUAUUCAGUUAGGCUGUGGCUAGCCUUUAUGUUUUACAUAGAGCUUCUGGUGGAUAGUGUGAAAGAAAAGGGUUACACCAACAGAGAAAUGCAGGGAGUUCUGAAAUUGCAGAUAUCUAUGAUAUGAGCUAUUUUAGGUCAUACUGGAUGUGGGCUGUGGUCAGGUAGGACACUGUACUUAGCAACUCAAAUAAACUCUGUUCUUCCUGGUUUCUUUCAGUCUGCUUUUGCACUGCUGUUUUUAACUUUGUAAAGAAUGGGCUUUUCCUUAACAUGUUAAACUGAAAAAAGGACAAUGGAUCGGUGCAAUAUCUUUUUGUAAAUAAGUUUAAAAAUAAAAUAUUAUUCAUUCUUCUUAGCUUUGUACUUCCAGUGCAAUAGAUGUAUCUUCUCUGCCAGCUGAAUAGUGGCACUGCCUAUUUAAAGGCUGAUAUUUUAGCUUUAUGAGAGGGAUGGUUUUGAGAAAGAAGGUUCAAAAUCUUUAGAAAUAACGGUGUUUCUUUUUGCACUUGAAAUUUGUGUAUUUGAUUGUCUUUUCUUAUUUGUCUCUCAUUGCUACUUAGAUCUUAUAUUCAUCAAAAUAUUUAUUUUCUAAAGCUUUGGGUACUUAAUUAAAACUAUUUCUAUACAAAAUCUAUCAAAACAUUAAAAAAUUCUCAUGUUUAAACACGUAGCAAAUAAACCUCAUCACAUAGUUAUCAUAAGCCCCGUAAUACCAAACCUGCAAUAGUUCCAGCGUUAGAUCUCUAGUGCGGUUCUGUGGUUACAGAUUCUCAAUACCUGAUAAUACAGGGUCACUUUCUUUCCCUAAGAAAUGUCUUAUUUCUUGUGUGGUGCUCAAAGCUGAGUAACGAAAGGUGACUCCUGCUCUGAGGGAUGUGGUUUGGUUUCUGUGUGCCUCGAACAGACGAAGCUUCCGGUACUGUAUGUGAAGCCCGUCCUGCUGGCAAUGGUGUGGGGCGGAAAUAACUGUACUGCUGCUGGCUUGGGUCGGGCAGAGAAAGCCAAAAUGCUUUGAGGAACUAAAUAAUAAA